AUUUUGAAAAAAUGCACCGGUUGUAUAUAUAUUUUUACAACUCUGUGUUCCAAGAGUCCAGGAAUGUACAGCUUUUAUGUGACGUGAAACCGUAUUUUUUACAUAUCGUAAGCAAUAAUGUCAGUGAAACAUGCCAAGCCCAACUUCAGCCAGUCUCAGGUGGCUGAGACGGUGAAGAGGCUCUUUGGGCUGACGGCAUCAGAAAUCAGCUCUCUUCCAAGCUACGAUGACCAAAACUUCUUCAUAGACCCCAUCGAGGGUGGCAAGUAUGUCCUGAAGAUAAUGAACUCGGAAGACAGUAAGAACCCCGCCCUGAUUGAGGUGCAGAUGCAUGCCAUGUCCGUCCUGCACCAGAAUGGACUUCCUGCCCAAACAGCCCUUCCCAACAUUUCAGGACAGCUGAUGAGCCUGGAAGAAAUAGAUUGCGGCUAUGGCAGUCAGAAGUACCUGGUGCGGCUGCUUACUUAUUUGCCUGGAACCACGAUAUCCAAGGUUCCUCUAACACCGCAGUUACUGUAUGAAACUGGCAAGAUGGCAGCCACAAUGGACACAAUCCUACAAGAGAUGGUCCACCCUGAUCUCGCUGUUCUGGAGAGAGAUAAUUUCAUAUGGAGUCUGUCAAAUAUUCCCCUGCUGGAACCAUACAUUCAUUUAUUUGAUGGAGAUCCUCUGGAGAAGGUUGUGAAAUCUGUCCUUUAUCAGUACAAGACCUCUGUGAUCCCGAAACGCUGCAAUUUCCGAAAGUGCAUAAACCACGGUGACUUCAAUGACCUCAAUGUGCUCGUACAACCUGACGAGAGAGAUGGCCGCCUUAGGAUUUCUGGCAUCCUUGACUUUGGGGACAUGAACAGCGGCUACUAUAUCCACGAGCUAGCCAUCACUAUCAUGUACAUGAUGACUGAGCACCCUAAACCCAUAGAGGUGGGUGGACCUGUCCUUGCGGGCUGGGAAAGUUUCCUUCCCCUCAACGAAGCUGAGAAAGAUUGUCUCUAUGUGCUGGUGCUGUCCCGCUUCUGCCAGUCGAUAGUUUUAGCUCGUUACUCUGUGAGCUUGCAUCCUGAGAACGCAGAGUAUUUGAUGAUUACAUCCAAGAAGGGUGUCCACAUUCUCAGUCAGCUAUGGGAGCUCGGAAAGGAGCAGGUGGAGAAGUUAUGGUUUCAGACCGCUGCUCAAUUCAGUGACAACAAGUGAGAAGUAGGGUAAACCAUUCUCACAUUUCAAAGUGCAAUAGUACUGAUUAGACAAAGCCCCUUGCACAAAACAAGUAUACAUUUAAGAUUACCAGUUAAAACAAUAACUUGUAUUUUAACAGUAAAAUCACAAAACAUUUAACUUGAGAUUGAGAUUCAGACAUAUUGUGGUAGUGUCUGAAUCAGAGAUGGGUAAUGUAGCAAAAAACUAUGCAAGUGGAAGUAUUGAUACUCUGUUGUGACAAUGAAUCAUGUACUGUAAAAGCCUAAUAGCCAUCUUAACAACUAAGGAAACAAGUCUUUGUGUACCUCCUCCUCAGGAAGAUUUUUUUGUAAACUAUAAUUUAAGAAACACAAUCUUGAGACUCAUUUUAUUUCAUGUUGGAAAAUGCCAGAGAUGGUUUGUUAAAAGCACAUCAACCUAAUUCCCUACAAUCAUGCAUUACACUUACAGAAAUACCCUUUAAAAAGGCAAGUCAUGUUGAAAUAAAAACACCUUUUUUAAACUCAAUC